AUGGGCAAAACAGGUCGUCAUCGAAAGAUUUCCUUCUUUUCUCUUCAGACUGCACAAAACUCUGAAUUGAAAAAGGAAUGGUUUUGGAAACAGGGUGGAAGAAUCAAGUCAUGGAAAAAACGUCUCUUUGUCAUUUUCGAAAAUACUCUCUACUACUAUGCCUCUGAACAAGAUAAGGAACCAAAAGGUGCCAUCAUCUUGAAAGAUUCCUCCGUUGAAAUUUGCAAUCCUGAAGACACUCUCAAAAAUGGAAAAAAACCACCUUCCGAAAAUGGACAAUCUGAUUACUAUUCCAAUACAACCACUCUUCACAAAUUUCUUGAGAAAAGGGGGGGUAAUUCAGACCGUGUGGUUGUAUUGCUCGUGGUCAAGACACCCUUUCGAUCGUUUUGGUUAUUGAAUGCAGAUUUGAAAAUUGUGCAACAAUGGUCACAAUUUAUCACACAAGUAGCGAAUGGAGACAAUUUAGAGUCCAAUUCCAAAAACUCAUUUUCGAAACAUGGUGGAUCGAAAAAAUUGGGAUGGAUGAUUAAAUCAGGAGGAAAAUUGAAAGCAUCGUGGAAACAACGAUUUUUUGUGUUGCGAAACGAUAUGCUUUAUUAUUAUAAACCUAAAAAGGAGAGUGACACGAAUCAAAGUAGUAAUUCCAACCAUGUACAAGACAUGGUCAAUAUUUCCGAAUUGGAUGCAAAACUGCAGAAUAUGAUUGCUCAAGGAGUUGUCACAUUUUACAAUUCAACCAUUCAGUUUAAACAAAAUCCAGCAAAGAAAAAGAAGAAAGUUAAAAACGCUGAAGAUUUAUUGCAUGAAAUUGAAGAGUCGGGAACUUCACGAGAUCGAUCGAGAUCAGUAAGCUCGCUUCGACGCAGUACUGUCGAUAAGAGAUGGUCUCUAUCAUCCAUUUCGAAUGGUCAAUUUAUCAUUCCAGAAGAACCUUUCGACAAUGAUUUUCAAAAAACUUGGUUUGCCUUUGAAAUUCGAACACCUUCUCGAACCUAUACCAUUUAUGCCAAAACUCAAGAUGAUUGUGAUGAAUGGGUGUUAUUCUUAUUCGAAUCAAUCCUUAAUGUAAUGGGAGAGUUGUCACAUUUUGUGAAAAUUGGGCAUUCUGACUUUGACGAUGCCACUUCGACCGCUUCAGAUGACAUGAUCGAAAGUGGCGGUUCCUCACUCAAUGCUGACAGUGCUCGUAGUUUAUUGCCCUCUUUGGAAAGUAUCAUUUCUGAGAAUAGUUCUGCGAAUAAUAACAAUUCAGAAACGGAUUCGUCUCGACAUCAGUCGAUGGACAAUAUUGAAGCUCAACCCAUUUCCAUCAUUUCCGAAACCAUUUUCGAUGAAAUUCAAAGAAGAAAGGAAGAUGAAAAAGUUGUUGCACUCUUGAAAAAGUCGAAAAAACGAGAAUCGAUCACAUUUAAAGGUUCCUACAGUGAAAAGUUUGCAUUCUUGGCUACUGAAAAUUCUCUUCAAGCAGAAUUGGUUCCAAUCAAAUUGUAUAUUUUACCUGGAAUUUAUACCGAGUGUCAAACAUUGGUCGUUUCUCAACCCUUAGAAAUUCAUGGAGCUAUUUUUGAAAAUUGCAUUAUUGAAAUGCAUUCAUCAAAAUUCUGUGAACCCAUGAUUCGAAUUAAUAGUGAAAAUGUUCGUUUCAGAAAAUUGAAACUUCGAAUUAUUUCCGAGUUGUCCAAUGAGCAAAUUGAAAUGAAAAACAGAUACAUGAACGGAAAGACCUCAUCGAAUGGAAAAUCGAGCAAUAAGGACUUUCGAAUUCCAUGUGCCAUUCAUGUCGAGAAUGGAAGUCUUUUUCUCGAUGAGUGUGAAAUUACCUUUGAAGAUUUUACAGACCCUGAAACGUUUGUAGAUAAUGAUUUGCAAGGAGGAUCAUGUUGUAUUUUGGUGAGCAACAAUUCCACAUGUGUCACCUAUAACUGUUCGCUCUCCAGUGCACACUAUGGUGUUGUUACGAGCCAAAACGGAACGUGUGUUAGUUUUGGUGGUUCUAUCAAAUCCAAAAUUGCUCCAUUCAUGAACAAUGAUGAAACUUCGAGUUCAAGAAAUUAUCAUGUACAGGUAUCUUCAUGUAAAUAA